AUGCCUCGCAUCCGCCCCUCUGCUCGCCUCUCGAGCGAAGCACCCUCCUCAACCUCGUCCUCAACCUCACCGGAACGCGCUGCAGAUGACGACACUGAUUUCUUCAUGGCUCAAGCCAACGACUCACAGUCAUCGAUCGGUGUCGCUACUUUCCGCGACCUCCACGUGCACGCGAGUCGAUCUGUCCCAGUGCCACCGAUCGGCCGCCUCCCGCCUGAGAUCUUGAUCGCGAUCUUCUCCAAACUCGCGUCGCCUGUUGACAUGCUAAAUUGCAUGUCGGUGUCUCGCAACUGGGCUGCAAAUUGCGUUGGGAUUCUAUGGCAUCGCCCGUCGUGUAACAACUGGAACAACCUGAAGAGCGUUGCGUCAUCCGUGGGGAAGCCUGAUAGCCUCUUUGCCUACGCAGAUCUCAUCAAGCGGCUCAACCUGUCCGCUCUGACAGAGGACGUCAGUGAUGGCACAGUGGUCCCUUUCACACAAUGCAAGCGAGUGGAGCGGUUGACAUUAACGAACUGUUCCAAGCUUACGGAUAAGGGCGUGUCAGAUCUGGUGGAAGGUAACCGACAUCUACAAGCACUGGAUGUUUCCGACCUCCGAUCCCUGACCGACCACACUCUCUUCGCGGUAGCAAGGAACUGUCCGCGUCUGCAAGGCUUGAAUAUCACAGGAUGUUCAAAGGUUACGGAUGACUCGCUGCUGGUCGUGUCGCAGAAUUGUCGCCAAAUCAAGAGACUAAAACUGAACGGGGUGUCUAAUGUGACUGACCGGUCAAUCCAAUCAUUUGCAGAAAAUUGCCCAGCAGUCCUGGAGAUUGACUUGCAUGACUGCAAGCUGGUGACAAGUCCGUCUGUCACAGCGCUACUGACCACACUGCGUCAUCUACGGGAGUUGCGACUUGCACACUGCACGGAGAUUAAUGACUCGGCAUUCCUCAACUUGCCCGAGCGAAUGACAUUUGACAGCCUGCGCAUUCUCGAUUUGACCGCAUGCGAAAAUGUCAAGGAUGACGCCGUUGAGCGGAUCGUGAGUGCUGCUCCUCGUCUGCGAAACCUGGUGCUGGCUAAGUGCCGCUUCAUCACGGAUCGCUCGGUCUCUGCCAUUUGCAAACUGGGCAAAAAUCUUCACUACGUCCAUCUGGGUCAUUGCUCAAACAUCACCGACGGCGCGGUCAUUCAACUGAUCAAGUCCUGUAACCGCAUUCGCUACAUUGACCUGGCUUGCUGCAAUCGCUUGACCGAUCUCAGUGUGCAGCAACUGGCGACUUUGCCGAAACUCCGCCGUAUUGGCCUGGUCAAAUGCCAGGCUAUCACCAACCAAAGCAUUCUUGCUCUGGCCCACCCUCCCAGAGCCAAUCACCCGAUGGUCAGCAACCUGGAGCGGGUUCAUCUCAGUUACUGCACCGGUCUGAACAUGAAGGGCAUUCGUCCUCUGAUCAAUAACUGCCCACGCCUUACACACUUGAGCUUGACCGGUGUGCAGGCAUUCCUCAACGAAAACCUCACGGCAUUUUGUCGAGAAGCCCCACCAGAGUUCACUCAACAACAAAGAGAUGUCUUUUGCGUGUUCAGCGGUGAGGGCGUGACUCGGCUUCGCGAGUUCCUGAAUCGAGAUAUGUCUUCUCAUCCCGAAGAAACCGAAGCCACUAUGUACGACGACGAUGAAGAGUUGGACGAAGACGAGGGGCAGAUGACUGGUCUGAUGCAUGCCACAGGCAUCAACGACAACGAUGAUGAAUACAUGGACGUCCCCCCUCAAUGA